AUAGUUUUGGUGAUCUCUGACAUUUAUAGCGCCGAAGAGCUGCGUGGGACAGUGGGAAUUGUGUAAAUGCCUAUAAAGUGACAUGUAUGUGAGAGGUACCGAGUGGCGCGCGGUCGCAUGUCCGGUUGGUGGCUGGUCAGUACAGCGGGCCUGUGUUGUCUUUUGCUUCUGUGUUGAGUCAUCUCGAUAUAUGCUAGCGUGGGAUGUUGUGAAAAUGAAAGGGUAUAAGUAACGGUAUUUAUAGGUAAAAACUGUCGGGCACUAGUCAGGAUUUAGAAAACUGUGCCGCACGAUUACCGUUAAGGCCAAAAAAAUGCAACCGCAGAGUAACGCAUCUUCUGCCGGUGUCGGCAGUUCCCCUCUCCAAGAUGUUACCUGUGAGAAUAUUACCAGCGAUGACAACUUGAGCCCAAGUCCAUCAAAGAAUGCAAUGCCUCUUUCCAAAAAGAAGGCCGAAGACUAUAUUUUUGGAAAGAUCAUAGGAGAAGGUUCUUUUUCAACUGUAUUUUUAGCCAAAGAUAUCCAAACGCAAAAAGAAUAUGCAAUAAAAGUUUGCGAGAAGCAGCACAUCAUUCGAGAGAAGAAGACGGCGUACAUCAAGCGAGAGAAGGAGGUGCUGAUGCGUCUCGGAGCCGGACCUUCCCCUUUCUUCGUCAAACUGUUCUGCACGUUCCAGGACCGCGAUCGACUAUAUUUUGUGCUCAGCUACGCUAAGAACGGCGAGCUGCUCUCUUACAUACACCGUGUCGGCAGCUUUGACGAGGACGUGUCCAAGUUUUACGCGGCCGAGAUCGUUCUCGCGCUCGAGUACAUGCACAGUCGCGGCAUCAUUCACAGGGACCUGAAGCCAGAGAACAUACUCCUCAGUGAGGGAAUGCACGUCAUGAUCACUGACUUUGGAUCGGCAAAAAUCCUAGAUGCAGAACAAGACGAAAGCAAUUCACCGACCGGAACUAGUCCACCAGCUGGCAGCACUGUGCCUGCUAAGCCACGCAGAAACUCCUUCGUUGGUACAGCACAGUAUGUUUCCCCUGAACUACUCAACAACAAGCCAAUUUCUAAAAGUUUAGACCUUUGGGCACUCGGAGCAAUUAUCUAUCAGUUUUUGUCUGGCCUGCCUCCAUUCAGAGCUGGAAACGAAUAUUUGAUAUUCCAAAAAGUUGUCAAAUUGGAAUAUGACUUCCCAGAAGGCUUCAAUGAAGUGGGGAAGGACCUUGUACAGAGUCUGUUGGUACUGGAUGCAAAGAAGCGACUUGGAUCUGAUGAGUGUGGUGGCUACAAGGCCCUUAAGGCGCACGCAUUUUUCAACGGCAUCCCCUGGGGCAAGCUAGACAUUGUGACGCCUCCACCGAUCGUACCGUUCUUACCCGCGGUCAGGGACAACCCAAACUUCAAGAGCGAGAUCGAUCUCACGGACCUUCCCGGCCUGAGAGACGAACACUUUGCCAACUUGAUGCUGGAGGACAAGACGAAAGUCGCGAAGAAGCAGAAGCAGAAGGUCGAGGGGGAGAAGGUGCGCGUGACGCGGCGACCGGGGAUGCUCAACAUACCGUGCUCGGAGGAGGAGAGGGAGAGCCGGAAGCAGAACCAGGCGUGCAACAACCCGUGGCACAAGUUUGUCGAAGGAAACCUCAUCCUCAAGAUGGGCUACAUUGACAAGAGGAAGGGACUUUUCGCAAGACGGCGCAUGUUCCUGCUGACCGAAGGGCCACACUUAUAUUACGUGGAUCCAGUAAACCAGGUCCUCAAGGGAGAGAUACCACUGUCCAAAGAUAUCCGACCCGAGCCUAAGAACUUUAAGAUCUUCUUCGUUCACACACCCAACAGGACCUAUUAUCUGGAAGAUCCCGAAGGCUACUCGCUGAAGUGGUGUGAAGCCAUUGAGGAAAUGUACCAAUUGUACUUUGCAACGGACAGCUAGCUUCGCGCCGAUGGUUCACGAUUCAACCAAAUUCGAUCAUAUGCAAAUUAGCGUGUGGCAGUGUGUUUGACACAUCACGCUUACAUCAAAUUCCGCUUAUGGGUCCUUACAACGGAUCUACCUAGAGUUGCGUGGUGCUAUACGAUACAGCUCCAUCGUAGAAGUAACUAUCGCUGUAAUUAAAUUGUGUCAGGGCGUUGUUCGGUGUCGCGGAUGGCGUGGCGCGGCGACUACGGUCGGUGUCUCUCUCGUUUAGUCGCUCUGCCUUGCCGUUUGCAUAGUCAUGAAAUUUACGUGAAGUGCCGGCGUUUCGAUGGCGUGAUGAUGACGCUGAGGGAGCCACUUGUAAAGCUGCCACCCGUUCGUGUUGUGUGAACGUGAGGGAACGCGUGCCGGCCGAACAUUCUACGUUGUCGCCAUUGACCAACAAAUGCUCUCGUUGGAAGUUGGGCGUAAAUGGGUUAUGCAGUCAAACCUGUGUAAGCAGUCACCUCUAUAGAAUGGACAGCUGUCUAUGAAGCUCACUUCUGGCGUUAUCCUUGGGUGACCCUUAUGUUCAGGUUUGAGUGUAUACGCAACACUGGUUGACUGGGAAUGUGGAAGUGAACACGGCAAAGGGACCUCUGAUGACAUCGCGUGAUCAAUGUGAUGGGGUGCGUGUGUUUAGGAGAACACUGGUCCCCUACUUAACCUAAUCAUAUCUACGUAAAACGUGUUUUUUUAGUAGAGAGAAAGUAUUUGCAGAACAGAUCUGAGUGGGUGUCAGAGCACUCACUCCUUGUUUUCCCCCAACAUUGUAUUAUUUUUAGUGCAAUGAUAAACUAACUACAAAUAGAAGUUUCAUCUGCAUUCUCACUGAAAAUAAUUGACUCACGUGAGCAACUGAAGCUUGACUAUCAGUAAAUCCUAUUCUAGUUAUACUUGUAAACCUGAACACUGCUUCGGGUGCGUGCCACAUGGCCAUGCACACUAGAGUGGUUUACACGAAGGCUUCAUUAAUUCUGCAAGUCACUCUUGUAAAAGGGCACGAUUCUUUUAGCGCAAUUUGCGCUCUCUUCUUCCAUUAUGCUAAUUCAAGGGAGAGCUGUACUCGUUCUUAGCGUAGGCGAUUCGUUCGGACGGUCGCAGCACUGUUACUGUACUGUUAUACGCUGUUAUACGCAUUCAACGGGCACAUUCGCCAUUUCUAAGUUUCCUUAUAGCAAAUUUACGGAGAAGUAAACGAAGAAUUGGUGAUUGCCUGUAAAGCUAAUGCCAGUCUUGAUGAUCAGUGGCUGCUACGCACUGCUUGUCUCGCGACGGCUGUUUCCAAUGUUACAUGUUGUACAAAGUAUAUUGCAAAUGGCUUGUAAUAUUACUAUUUGCCACCUCACGACAUUCAGGCGUCAAAAGUGUACGUAUUAUAUACAUGUAAUAUAAACAACUUCACGAGGGUGCUUGUUUGAGUUGUUACAUAGACCGUAAUAAAGUAUAUAUUACCUUUA